UCCGCCAAUCCAUCUCUUUCAAGAAAUAGGGGCUUGACCGGAACACCGUGCGUACUUCUGGAGGUGAUGAGGAGUUGCUAUCAUCUCUGUUGUGGGAGAGAUCGGCACCCAGAAAGACGUGAUAGCCCCAGAGAAAAACAGAUUUAGAAUGUGGCUCUUUGUUCUGCUUCUUGGCAUUUCUUUAUUCUUCUCAGUUCUUUGUUCUGCGCCUGCAGAAACAUUAUGCAACCAGUUCAAUAAAUGUUACAGUGUCCACAGUGAGAAUAAAGAUUCUUCUAAACCAGACUGCGGAGACCAUGGUACCCUGGCCACUAUGAAAUCUGACGCGGAGGUCCAAACCGUCCUGUCACUCCUGUCGAAACUUUCCGACGGCUCUAGAAGGGACUUCUUUCGACUAGGACUUGAAUUAAAAAGGGGCACGUGUGUUGUACAGGAAAAACCACUGAAAGGAUUUGUUUGGAUUACUGGAGGGGAAUCGGCCCCUAGUGUUAAUAUAUGGGAAAAAGAAGUUAAAAAUACCUGCACAACCCCUCGCUGUGCUGGUGUCAAGGUGGUCUGGCAAGACAAGCCCAUCCAGUGGAGAUGGGACUAUGAUCAAUGUAAUACGAACCAUAGAUAUAUCUGUCAGUAUACUUCCAACGGCACAUGCCAGCCUCUGGAUACAGAAGUAGUCGGAGCAGUCACUUACCAGACUCCUUACGGGAUUAACAGCAGCACUCUGAACUUCUGUCCAAGUGAGACGACCGCUACAGUGGCUUGCCAGGGCUCUGGAAAACUGCAUACUCUAUACUGCCGCUUUACAGACGGAGAGUACGCAUGGGUAGGGUCCAAACAUCCAUCUUCUCCAUGUAAAUGUGAACCAGGCUAUGAACGAAAUGGGACUGGUGAGUGUAUCGAUGUGGAUGAUUGCCUACAGCAGCCUUGCGAAUUUCAGUGCGUAAACACUCCGGGUAGCUUUCAAUGUUUGUGCAAUACCACGGGUGGGUAUAUCCUACAAACGGACGGGAGGUCAUGCAUUUUGUUAGACCCCACACAAUCAGCAUCACGUACUGCCCCGGGAAACUUGACUAAAGGGGUGCCUCCAACCGUGCAGUCCUUAAGUGAGGGCAAUGUCCGUCCAACCUCCACUUCUACUAUCACACAGCAGCCUCAAGGUUUGACAUACAGCACGUCCAAGCUAUUCAUCCCACUGGCUGCGGCUGUUGGAGGUUUGGUACUGCUCAUAGCUUUGGUUUUGUGUGUGUUUAAGCUCUAUUUCAGAAAGUCAGGAACAACUUCCACAAAAGAUGACAACUUGAAGGCAGAGGAAAAUAAAUCGAAAACAGAAACCGAAGAAAAGACCAGUAUAAUUAGAGUAUAACAAGGAUGAGACUUUAGGUUUACCACUUGCCCCUCCCUAGACAGGAUAGUCUCUAUUUGGACAAUUACAUCCUAUGGGGAAAAACUUGAAAAAAAGUGUCAAAUGUCCUGAGGUUUUUACGACAAAAAAUAGUUACCAUGAUGUUUCCACUAAGAUGUGCAUAAAACAAUUAUUUUGUAACUGAAAUGCAUGAAUAUAAUAGGAAACAACUCUGAUUCUACUGGAGUGAGCUCUUAUUUUGGCAACAAAGUGAAGUCCACUCCUUAACAUUGAUUCUGGGUAUGUGUUUAUCUUACAAAAUUUCAUGUUUCCAUAAAAAAAAAAAUCCCAUUUUGGGUAUCUGAAAAGGUAGCAACCUUAAUGAGACUGGUGUCAUAACAAGAAUGCUAAAAGUGAGUACUCAUAUUACAAGUAAUUGGACUUAAGUUUUAUGAACUUUCCAGAUAGUGCAUUCUGGUAUGUGUUAAGUGCAUGCGGGCAUGGGAAGGAAACAAAUUAUGCCCAAAUACCCAAAAACCUAAGUAUUUUAUACUGGCAGAAAAGUAGCCUAACUUGUCAUGGAAUCACAAUGCAGCAAGCCAGUAAUAAUUGUAUGGUUCCAUUACAAACUGUCCAUUUAUAACUUUAUCUGCCUUCUUGAUUUCGUGAUUCAACAGCUGUGAGAAAGGAGAAUAAUUCUCAGUUAUUCUUUUAAAGCAGUGGGUUAGUUUUAUAGAAUAUGUAUACAAAGUAGCUGUAAUACUUUCCGUGUUUAGGGUGCACAUAAUCAAACAUACUUGAACAUCAUUUCCUAUAACUCUGUAGUAAUCACAGAUGAUAUUCCCCUACAUUCCUAGCCAAGAGAAAGGAUUUUACAUAGCAUUUCUAUUGGAUGUAUUUGUAAGGAAAUACAAACAUUGCAUUGGUAGUGUUACCUACAAACUAAGCAGUAAUGAUGGUAGCAUUUGAUAGAAAAAAAGAGAUUAAGACUCUGAAUUAGAAACUACGUAGAGCGUAUGCAUGUAUGAGAGAGUUCAGGCUAGUAAAGCAGUUGGUCUACAUAGAAAAUAAGUAAUGCUUGGAAGAGGAAUGCUGCUAAUGAAUGAUAUUCCAGCGUGUGGAAAGCAGAGAGAUGUUUAACAUAGGAUAACAUAAUCUCUUCCUUCCUCCCUCUAAAAUGUAGUCAGUUUAGCUCCCUAGAAAUUUUUGUUAUCACUGAACCCUUCUGAAAACAAAAAUGGUCAAAUAUCACUACUAUACUUUCAUACUAUUUAAAGAAUAAACUAUGAUUUAAUUGCUCACUGUAUUAUUAAGAAUUUUUAGGGUGUUAUGGUGUAAUACAGCAUUACUGAUUUUGAUAGUAAGAACCCAUGAGCCCACAGCAAAUGAAGCAGAGGUCCAGUAAACACUAAAUAAGGCCUGGAUAUAUAUGUGUGUGUGUGUGUGUGUGUGUGUGUGUGUGUGUGUGUGUGUGUGUGUGCGUCCUAUAUACAUAUACACACACACA